CAAACUUUCUAACCAGCACCAAAGAAGGAAAUAUGUUGCAAGUCUGAAGAUAGUUACUAGAAACAGAGCGGUCCAGCAAGGAAGCGGUAGCAGAUGCGGCGGCAGAUGCGGCGGUACUUGGAAAAAGGAUUAGAAACGACUGGUUGGAGUGGCUUGCGCACGCAGAAAUUGAAUCGGCGCUGGAUCACAAAACUUGAAGGCGGAUGCACACAGAGGAGUUGGAUCAGUGUUGGUAUUGCGAAACUAGACGCGGAUGCGCAUGGAGGAGCUAGAUCGGCGUGGGUAUUGCGUAACCAGAUGCGGACGCGUGCGGAGGAGCUGGUUCGGUGCCAGAUCUCGAAACUAGAAACAGCUUAUGUGCGGAGAAACCUGAUCUGUGUCGGAUUGCGAAAUCUGUUCCGGUCCGGUCAAAUUUGCGUGACAGAGGAUAAUAUGCGCCAGAUUUGUAAAUCCAAUCCCCGUGCGCAUACUAGAAGGCUGAUUCGAGCCAGAGGAAAAGAUUUAUGGCGGCGUGUGUGACUCAUGCGCACGGAAAAGACCACUGGAGUAGGCGCGGGAGCCUGGCGGUGAGGCAAACUGGUGGUGGUGGGAGUAGAUCUUUGAUAGAUAGAGUCUGAAUCAAUUGGUUUUCUUUCCUCAUUGCUUGGAGCUGGAAGGGAAUGUGAUGGCUAUAACAUCCGCAUAGUUGGACAUUCCUUAGGAGGCGCCAUCGCUACUUUGCUGGGACUAAGGGAAAAAUAGCAUAAUACAAAUGUGUGCAUGCAUGUGGAUGAAUACACAAGAUCCCAGCUUGUCAAAUGAGAACCCUAUUUAUUUGAAGAUCAGAGGAUUUGGAGGUCUAAAAUGACGCAAUAUGUUGUGGCUAUGCCUCUUCCAUUCUGUACAAGAGAAAAGCUACAAACUAUACCGCAAAUUCCCCAAUUUACAUGUCUAUACAUAUGGAGCCCUCCCAUGUGUGGAUUUAGUUGUGGCAGAUGCAUGUUCUGAAUUUGUUACAAGCAUUGUAUACGACAAUGAAUUUUCUGCACGCCUUUCAGUUGGAUCAAUCCUACGGCUUCGUGCAGCUGCCAUCAUGGCACUGUCUCAAGAUGCCAAAACGGAUUCAACCUUGAUCUUCAGGCUUGCACGACGAUUUCUCUAUGUAAGCAAUUACCAAAGAAGUGAGGUUGAGGUGAAGGCUCUAUCAAAUGUUGAUUCUGGGAUUCGCUCUGAAGGGAGGAAGGAAGAAAAUCAGGAAAUUUCCCUCUGGAAUAAGGCUGACAUGGAAGAAAAUGCUUUUGAAGUUGCUAAUAAUUCCAGUAAUCCUUUUCAUUCUAUGAAUGCUGAUGAAAAUCCAUUAGACAAUCCUAUAUCUCAGUUUAUGGAAACUGUUCCAAGGUCUGACAUUGGGUCUGCAUUUAACUCUGCUGAGAUGUUUCUACCUGGCCUAGUAAUUCAUAUUGUGCCACAAAAAGUUAAUCUGCCACUGUGGAAGGGAUGGAGAAUUCGAGAAAGCACAGAAAGUUAUAAAGCCUUUGUAGCAAACAGAGAAUGCUUCAAAGAUAUUGUUGUAUCAGAAUCUAUGUUUCUGGAUCAUCUUCCCUGGAGAUGUCACCAUGCCAUGCUAAAGGUAUUGGAAGCUCAAAAUGCCCCAUGUCUAUCGGCUGAAACCCAAAUGGUGUAAGUCGUGUAAAUCAGGGUCUGAUGCAAAUCCUGGGCUUGAAUCUGCUAUUCUUGGCGCCUUCAACCGCACCGGUCACCUCUCUAAAAUCUUCUGGCGUUGCAUCUCAGAGUUCGGAGCUGGAAUGUUGAUCAAGCAAAAUAACAGAAAUUUGCCAAAAUCUGCCGAGGUACACUUUCAGCACACACUGACAGAAUCCUGAACAUUAAAGAUUCUUGUAGUCUUUUUUAUCACAAUAGAGAUUCUAGUUGCAAAGCUUUUUCCUCAUUUACUAAUUCAAAUAAAUGCGAUUAGAAAAGAAAGUGUUCAAGAGAUAUCAAAUUAACAUAGGAGUAAAAGUUUUGUUCUCUAUUGGGAGAAGGUAAGGCUACGUUUUUCAUUUUUCAAAAAAGAAAACAAGAACUAUUCUCAUAGAAUUCCUUUGAAUGAUACAUUGUAUUCAACUAGCUUAGGAUGAGAAUUCUAUUUGCAAAAUUUUAAGUGGAAUUGAGACAAUACAUUUUAAACUCAACAA